UGAACCGGACGUUGUCAUGGACACGCGGCCCUUACUUCCGACAGAGUGAAACAUGGUGGGGAAAAUAAAACGUGCUCGGCAGAAGCUGCAUAAUGCAGCGGUGCGGGUUAGCACCCAGGAGGAGAGUGGUCCCGUUGUGCCCGAAUACAAGGUGCCUUCAGACGGUGAGCCGCCCAAGCCAUUGGCCUGGCACAAGCAGGAUGGAGGAAAGGACUGGGCAUUUUUAUGCUCGGAUAUCUUUGCCUCAACUAAGAUUGACCCCAAAAAAUUAACCCAGAAGUUAGAAGUGGACACGCAAAGUUUGGCAUCGGUUAAAAAAGAGGAGAAAAUACAACUGCCAAAGAAGGAAAAAGCCAAGCAAAGACGGGAACAGUGGUUGCAAAAAAUCGAGGCAUUGAAACUGGCCCAGCAGGCUAAAAAGGCUCAGGCGAAGAGAAAAGCUACACCUGUAGUUGGAGAUAUGCAGCCACUUGUGGACGCCCUGCCAGAGCUCUCUGAACUCACAACUGCUCGUAAGCCAAAGGCACCAAGGAAGCAGCCAAAAGAAUCGGUGAAGAAGAAGAAGCCUGAGCCAACGGAUUACAGAAAAAUGAGGCCUGCCCAGAAACGAAAAAUAAUUGAGGAAGAAGUUUCUCGUGUCCAGGAGCUGAUCAGGGACCCUUCCUACAAAGCCAACCCCCUGUUAGCAGUCUCGGAGCACCUGCUGAAACGUAUGAAAGCUGAGCAAGGAAUCCUGCCUAACCUCUGACGUUGUUUCACAGAGCACUGAC